CUCUGUGCAAAUCUCCAAAUAUUACGAUUUACGUCGAUUUACGUACACAUUUUGUUGAAAAUUUACGAUGAAGUAGUGCGAUACCUCGACAUUUUCAAUAAAUAUAUCAUACAAUCUUGUUUCCCUUCAAAACUUUAACUUAAUAAAAUAUUAUGACUUCAAUUAAUGGCUCCGGCUCUGGCGUGGAUGAAUGUGAGGGCGAGGAGCAAGAGGACUCCUCCUCAUUAGACUUGCUGGAGGCUGGUGUCGCUCAGGAUCAAGUGAAAAUUGACAGUCCUGUGCCAAAUAAAGUUGAAGAUGAGCUUUCGGAGUUUAGACAGCAAUGGCAGAGGGAGCUAGAACAUACUCCAUCUCCUCAAAGAACUGUCAAGAAACAAGUAAAGGAAACUCAGGAAACAACACAAGAAACAAUUGAAGUCCUCACUGAUGAAGAAAAAGCAAAGAAAUUAUUUCUACUUGGCGUGGAUUUUGAGCGUCGAGGAAAACUGUAUGAAGCCAUACAACACUACAAGAAAGCUAUACAGAUAGUUCCUGAUGUGGAGACAAGAUUGUAUGAAAAUGUUGAGCCUAAACCUGAAUCAUCAGAUGAAGAGGAAGAGAUCGAAGUGGAGGUGCGGGGCCGCGACAUCGAAGACAGCGACGACGAGGUGGUGGAGGGGGAGGAGCUGCUGCCGCGCCUGCAGCGGAUACUCGCCAAGAAGGGCGGACACUUCUGCCAGCCCGCCUUCCCCACUAAUGAGGCGCACCUGUCAUGGCUGCCGUCGGAGGUGCUACACGUGGUGCUGCGCUGGCUGGUGGGGGCGGAGCUGGACGCGGCGGCGCUGGAGCGCGCGGCAGCCGUCUGCCGCGGACUGUACGUCGCCGCGCGCGAGCCGCACAUAUGGCGCGCUAUAUGCAUCAAGACGUGGGGUAUAGAAUGCGGGACGCCACGGGCGCACGGGUACUCGUCGUGGCGCGAGAUGUACGUGGAGCGGCCACGGCUGAGCCUGCACGGCUGCUACAUCAGCAAGACCACGUACCUGCGCCUCGGUGAGAACAGCUUCCAGGACCACUGCUACCGACCCUGGUACCUCAUCGACUACUACAGAUACCUCAGGUUCUUCCCUGAGGGUCACGUGUUGAUGUGGACGACGCCGGACGAGCCCGCCGCGUGCGUCGCGCACCUUAAGUACCGCGCCGCCAGGAACAACCUCGGCAUCAUGGCGGGCCACUACCGCCUCAUCGGCGACAAGGUAGUAGUUGUAAUUAAAAAGCCAGCUACAGAGAAGCUGCAAGCCGGCCACACGCGGUUCCGCGCAAGACGCAAGGAGACCGUCGAGCAGCACGACAAUAUAUACCACUUGGAAUUGACGGUGCGCAGCUCGCGGUCGCGUCGCAACGCGCAGCUUGUGUGGACGCAUUACGCGGUGAGCACGCGCCGCGACCAGUGGACGACGUUCGACCUCGACCCCGGCAAGUUCCCGCCCUUCGCCUUCAGUCGCGUGCGCAGUUACACCGCCGAGGCGCGCGCCCCGCUCGUGUGCGGCGCGCAAUAGCGUGCGCGCCCGCACCGCAUGCACGCUCGCAGGUAUAGUGUUUGAUCUACUGGGAUGUACUAUCAGAAAAGUUGAAGGUAGUUGACGGGCCUAUGUCACUAUGUCAUUUGGUCGGCUUAUGUCAAUAAGUUUGUUAGUUGUGGUCUGUCGAGUGUCGGGUGGGUUUGUCAUACCGCGACCAAAUAGGGGUGUAGACAGUAAACGAAAUAAUAUAAUACAAAUUGUUUUUUU